AAUAUCCUUUGCGCGAUGCUGUGUAGAUUGCUAGUACAGGCGGGAUGAUCGGAGCUGAAGCGAUGAGCUUUGCUAACGUGUGUCAUAUACACUGUCUACGGUUAUGGAUCAUUCGGCAAACACAAUGAAAACAGCUACAAAAAAUGAAGGAACCACUCGGACUUUUACCGAAAACCUUUCGUCUCAUGCCAAGAGUAAAGGAAAGGACCAUGUAAUCCAGCCCAAUUUCUCAUCUUAUCACCAAGAGACUCCAAUGAAGUCCUCUCACAUCCAGAACCGGCUUUCUCACCCACCAAACAGGAGAAUUUUGUCAGUGCAAAGCCCUGAGCUGUCUCACAGGGACAUGCCAGGGACAAAUUUCCGCCCUUCUAAUGCUUUGGGGACAUCUCAUUCACCAGGGUUUGUACAUAGCAGGGCAACUAGCGCCAGCAGGCCUCAUCCUGCAAGGGACAGACUGGGCCCUCUUCAAUGCUUUGUUCAGCCACAUGCUGUUACAAUAAGCAGAACUAAAAUGGAUACAUUAGCUCACAGGUCACAGUACUCACCUUCACAUAUGCCUCACCCUGCGUCCUCCCAAUAUAUGAGGGACUUAAGCAACCACUCGCCAUCCUCCCACAUUAGGAGAGAUCAAGCCCCAGAACCCAAGGUCACACACUCAGGGAGUAAAACUGUAACAGCAAAAAGUCAAGAAUUCAACAAGGCUCAGUCCAGUGAGGCAAAGCACUCCAUAUCUACCGUCCAGCUGCAAAGGCUCCCUGUGACUCCAAGUAGCGGUUCCAGUUCGCUCACCAUCCAAAGCCGAGUAGCUACUUCUCAGGAACAACAUAAAUCAACUUCUUCAAAUAGCACCCCGAUUCCAGUGGUGGAUGUUUCAUCUAGGAAGAACCAAAGGGAUUGUAAACACUCUGACACCAUUGCCAAGAAAUUGUGUGUUCAAGGUGUGAGCUCCUGGAAGACACCAAAAUCAGCGAAUCGCAUCUCACUAAACUCUUCCCAAGUCCUGUCAUUAAGCCAUUCUUCAGACAUGAAGCAGUCACCCAGAACCACAGAGCCGUUCAACCAGUCCGCAUGCAUGGAACUUUCAUCCACACCCAAAGCUUGUAUAAAAAGACCAACCCCAAUGGGCGUAAAGCAGGCUUUUGUUAAUUUCUGUCAGAAUGAUAUUGUGAAAUUGAGAUCACCUGUAAUCAGUUUGGACAAAAUCGUUGAGGUAAAUACUAAAGCUACAUCAGGCAAGUUAUCUGACAACAUUUCCCAUAAAGACACUAGUAACUUACCUGAUGGUUUGUUAGGCAGCACUCAAACUGGUCAUUCUUACCGCAAUACCUCAGUCGUCUCAUUAAAGUCCGUGGGCAGAGACAAACAGGAUAGGGACAGAAGAAAUGCUAACAGCUAUACUUCCAGACCAUCCUCAAAAACAAAUUCAGGUUCUCGGCAUCAUCUUGCAUCAAAACGGAACAAAACAGCCCAUUCGCGAAAACGCUCAGUAGUACCUAAUGAUGUAGAUGAGCUCUUUACCCCUGAUCCUAUGACCUAUGUAGUCAGCCCCACACAUAAGAUGGCAAAACCUAAGUUGAACUCUGAAACUGUCAAAUUGCCCGUUCCAGAUAAAUGUUCGUCUGGUACUGCGAUUAGCUCGAGUAACAGAGUUAAUGCAGCUCCCUGUCGCAAAACUCUCAACUCUACAGUAACCAGUCCUCCGUGUGCAGUGGACCAAAAAGUUAUUUUGCCAGAACAUAAAUCCAAGAUCUUGUCACCAUUUGUGUCUCUGGUGCGGUUAAAACCUGCACCAACAUACGGCGAACGACUCUGUUUUAAAGAUGGAUCCCUCAAAAAUGGCCCUGUUACACCUUUAGGCAAGCCGCUUGCAAAAGGUGUUAAAACUGAAAACAAAGUCACCUCUCCCCCCCGGAAUGAUAUGAGCUCAAACAUUUCAGAAAUGGACACUGGUGCCUCCAAACAAACACCUGCGUCCACUGGUUCUCAGGAUCCCAUGGAUGUAGAGCUUGGCCUGAGCUUUGCGUUGGACUUGGAUCUUACCCAAAGCUCACACAGCACUGAAGAGGAGCAGCUGCUUUCCUUGCAGGAGAUAAUGGAGUGUGUUACAAAGCCACCAGAUACACCAGAGAAGGGAGCCUUUUCAGAGCCAAGCACACCUGGACAUCACAGGCCUCAGCUUAAAAGUCCACUGCCAUCCACCACAAAUUCAGCCAUCUACAAGAAUAGCCUUGAUCAGAUGCUGAUGGAAAUAAACAUCACUGAGAAAGCUAAAGAGAUUGAGAAACCAUUUCUAAGUGCAUGUAAAGAAAACGUGUUGAGAAUAGCUGAAUAUGAGGAGGCACAGGAGAAACAGGAUGACAUCUCCACGGAGCAACAGGAGUUUUUGCAGCGUUACUCAGUGAUGUCCAGUGGAAUCAGAGACGUCCCUCCAGGGGAAGUAGCAUUCAACCUGGAGAAAUUCGGUCAGAUCUUCAACCAGGACACGCUGCAGCUCAGACAAUGUGUGGUUAAUCCGCAGGGGGCAGCACAGAAAACGCUUCUAUGGUCUAGCCCUGCUCAGCUAAGGCUGCAUGUGACUAUAGGUUUGUUCCAGGAAGCUUAUAACAACUCGAUCUGUCCAGCUCAGGUUACCCGAUUCUUAUUCAAGAUGAUGUCAGUCAGCAGUGAGAGGCUGGUGUCUGAAAUGAUGCUGCAGGCUCUUUGUGACAUUGCCUGCUCUGCUGCCUAUCACAGAGUGAAGAACGGAAAUCAGGAUUUUAAAGUCUGGGUGCCCAGUUUGGCUGAUGUGACACUGGUUCUGAUGAAUAUGGGAGUUGCCUUUGUUACCCUUUUUCCUUUUGAUGACCUGCAGCCUUCAUUUACAGAGGGAGAUUUGCUUGAAAAUGAGCAUGUCACAAUUGAGACUACCUCAAGUAACAAGGAUCUGAGCAUCUUCCCUGAACACAACUGCAACAACAUGUUGAAGUACCUGUUUUAUUGUUUGGACCUCUGUCCACGGGCGUACAGUGACGAUGAGCUGCUUUUACUGCUAACUGUGGUGGGAAGGAUUGGCUUAGACCCAAGGCUCAUUCUCAAGUCCAGUGUUGUCAAGUAUCAACUUGUGGACAACAUCAGAAACUGGGACAAUAUGCUGCCUAGAAUCUGUCAGGCCUACACCGAUCUAACAGAUGACCACCACAACAUGUGCCAGCUAGUUCAAAUGCUGCCUGACAGCACCCGUGGAUGGCAACUGCGUCAACAUGUGAGCCUGUCUAUGAUCUCUAAGCUUUUGGAUGGAAAUUGCACUUACAGACCUACAGAAAAAGAGCUUCAGCUUUCUAAACUGAGACCUUACCUGCCACGUAUGAAGCCCUCUACCAUUCGUCGUGCCUUGUUGACUGCUCCCAGCAAGAGCCAGAAAGAUGAAGAAGACAUGGCCACUCUUGAUCAGCAGGCCUAUUACCUUUGCUACAGCCUUUUGACCUUGGUUAAUGAAGCUUCAAAUUUUCCUUGUUUUCCAGCACAACAAAAGGAGCAGCUUUUGUUUCUGUGUUCUGAGUUGGAAACACACGUGAAGUGUGACAUCAGAGAGAGCGAGAAAUGUCUGUACCGGUGUAAGGUGAAGGACCUGGUAACCAGGAUCUACAUCAAGUGGCAGAUGCUCCUUCGGAAAACAAGGCCUCUCCAUGGUAAGCUGUAUGAUUAUUGGCAACCUCCGCCUACAAAUACACUGAGCUGCAGCCAAGAAGAGCAGACAACUGGUAACAGUGAUUACGAAGAGGGCACUGAGAUGGACGAAGAUACUGCGAUGGAGGAGGGUGAACAGGAGAAGAAUACCAUUGUAUCCGAGGAAAAUGAGUCUUUAAUGAUCGAGGAGCAGAAAGAAGAGAAGCAGCUGAAUGGGGAGGAGGACAUGAAAGUUGAUGAAAAGCUUAAAACCGAAGGCGAAAUUUCAGGUGAUCAAAAUCAAACUGAGGGCAGAGUGAAUCCAGUUCCUGUGGAAUUGAGACAGGAAAUGUCAGCGCUUGAGGUAGAGAAAGACUGUAAAGCGGUUGAUGAGCACAAAGAUGGUGGGAGCACAGCAUCAACUGAGGAGGAGGCUAAAACGAUUGAUGAAACAUAUGCCACAACUUAUUACCUUAUUAAUAGUCUGCUCAAUUUGCACAAUUCUAACAAAUGAGAUCCACUAUAAUACAAAUGUACAGCAAUACUGUAUAUUAAUAAAAACAUUUGUGAGUUAAGAGAAUGAUUAGAUCUAGGGCUCUACAUCCUUUAAGGUUAUUGCAAGAGAAAUAUAUUGUAUAUGUCUUUUUGUAUACAAAUGACUUGCUUGUAUUUUGUGAUUGAGAUGACUGUGCAAUAUGUAAGGAUGGUGGCAGUUCAUAUGUCCUACAUUCUGCUAAUUGGCAUAGAGUUCAAAAGUUCUUAGUUUAUUUCUGUUUGCUGAAUAUCUUUAUAGUUUAUAAUCAACUUCAACAGGAAAAACAUUAUACCAUAUAGCUUUUUGUCUGUUCUUUUGUUACCUACAAUAGUUAUUAGCAUUAAGGCUUCUCAGUAAAUAAACUCGACUUAUGGCCAGAGGUGACCAACAUUAGCAGUCAUCAACAAUGACGGAGAGAGCAUGUACUCUACAAUGCAGGGAUCCCUUACCAAUCCCCUAUAUUAUUUCUGCCUAUGUUCAUUCUGUACAUCCAAUUAUUUUUAGUAAAAUAAGUGUCAAAUUUAAAUUAAGUUUAUAAGUUAAACCUUUUUUACACCUCUUGUUUGAUAAUAAUAUACAUUUCUGUGUGUUUGUUACUUUUUCCCUUUUUGGGAAAACUUUUAUAUGAUUAAAGGUCUUUGCAGCAUA